CCCUAUUUUUUUAUUCCUUACGUUCUAUUCCUGUGUUUCUUAUUCCUCUCAUUGUGUCUGGGCUCUAAACGUAUCGAUGACAUACGUGGACAUGUGUUCUCGAGGAGUUGAGAAUCCACGUGCCUUAACCUCACACAAAAAUCCGAGUCGCAACAAGGCUCACUUAGUUAAAUGUGUAAUAUUUUUUCAUUUCAUUCGUGUUAUACAAAAUUAGAUUUACAUGAGACUUUUGUUGAUAUCGAAAAUAUCUAAUCGUAACAAAACUACAUUUCUCUAAACAUUAUGUUUACAGAAUAAGUGAAUCAUACGUGUAACAUGAGCAACAUUAUUAUUAAUCGUGACAUUAAUUGCGCAAAAAAACAAAAAGUACAAAACGAUGAAAGAGAUUGUCCGCAAAGGUUACAUGACGCGUGCAAUUGGCUUCAUCUCAAUGACUCAGCCAUAGAAUACCAUGAUUUAGAAGAAAUUAAGAUUAUAUGCUACAAUGAAUUACAAGCAGCAAAGGAAACGGUCUCGAAACAUCUGCAAAACAACAUAAAGGAUUAUCCUGAGUUUAUUGGCAUUGACUUUGACAUUGUAGAGUACUGUGUGCCCCCUUUGAUGCUUGGAAUUCUUUACAGCGGACAUGCUUUCUUCAAUAUACCUGCAGACUCGCAGACAUAUAAGCAAAUGGUUGCUUCUUUACAUGUAAAAUAUAUUUUUUCGAAAUAUGUAACAUCGACCCAGGAAGUGAUGUGUCAAUUUAAAAUUCAUGGACAGUCUGUAUGCCUGAGGAAAUUAACGGAUGUCCAGGAGAGUACCAUUGAGCAUACAGGAUAUCUCUUUGCAUAUGCCAUCGCUACUUCUGGAUCAACUGGAACGCCGAAAGUCGUUAAAGUUCCUCAUCACUGUAUAUUACCUAAUAUCAUAGAUCUCAAGAGAAUUCUUGAUAUAACAAGAUGCGAUAAAAUUGCGCAAUUGACAAAUUUCACGUUUGACCCUAGUAUCGUGGAAAUUUUUCUGAGCCUCUGUUGCGCUGCGACUCUAUUCAUGAUUUCAAAGCCAUUGAGAAAUGAGGCUAGCAGGCUCUUGGAGAAGAUAUUCCACGCUCACGUAACAGUUCUUCAAAUUACACCGUCGCUUCUCUUCCACAAAUGGUCCACUGAACGGCUGAAAGUAACGAUAUUGGAUAAGAACUCUCAUUUGAGAGUUCUUCUGCUGGGUGGAGAACCGUUUCCUAAGAUGAAAUUACUUUUAGAAGCUAGUCAUCCACAAAAUGCCACGCGAUUGUUUAAUAUCUACGGUAUCACCGAGGUAUCUUGUUGGUCCAGUAUCAACGAAAUUGCCAAGGAUAACGACGUACGCGAAUGUUGCUUGGGCAAACCAUUGUCGGGAACUGUAUUUCAAAUCAAGGAUAAUGAUAAUAAAGUGAUAACCAGAGGCGAAGGUGUCCUUUACAUCGGAAGCACCACUAGAAUUUGUAUCAUUGGAGAUGAAACUGAAGGAAAUUUGAGUAAGCCUGUUUUUCGUGAUACUGGCGACGUCGUUUCCACAGAUGAACGGGGUAGAAUAUUUUAUAAAGGAAGACGGAAUAACAUUGUAAAGAGAUUUGGGAAUAAAGUAAAUCUGCGAAAACUCGAGGAAAUCGUGGUGGAUUUAAAUUCCGUGCAGACUUGCGUCGCAUUCUGGGACGCAGAACUCCACAAAUUAUAUCUAUGCUUGUCUACUACGAAAUCCAAAGCAGAAUUUUCUAGAUUGAGAAAUGAUGUUACGUCGCAUUUACAGAUAUUGCCAGCAAUUUAUAAGCCUGAUAAAAUAAUCGUAGUAGAACAGUUUGACUUUACUACAAGCGGAAAAAUCUGCCUUGCAUCGUUGAAAAGAGUAUGCAGAAGCUCCGAAAGAGAAAUUACUGAUGCAAACAACUUGCAUGUUGAUAAAGUAUUCGAAAAAUUAUGGGACCAGCACGUAAAAUGUAAAGAUACUGGUUUUAUGAUGUCAGGCGGUACGUCGAUAGCAGCGAUUCAGAUCUCGAGUGCCACCACUGAGGCCUUCAACGUGGAAUUUCCCGAAUUGAUUGGUAUGCUGCUGAAGGAUGGUACGUUCGACGAGUGCGUCAAUUAUGUCAGAAGUACUUUAAUCAACCGAGUUUGUAACGAUGAUGUCAAUCGUUAUACCGACGUUUCUCUUGACGAUGGAAUGAUACUCAAUACAAAGAAGACCGUAAUAAAACCAACAUCACUGAAUGACUGUUUGAUAUCGUCAAGUAUGAAGAGUUACUGCCAAUGGUACAAAUGCAGAGGAAAGACUUACGGUGCAUUAAAGCAAGAGCAAAACACUGGAAAAAUUAUAAAAAAUAUAUCUAACAUUGAGAUAAUAGCAAGUUAUAAUUUGCAGAAGUGCGUUGAUGCCUCGCCCACCGUGUACCGUUAUUCCGAAGCAGAAUUGUAUGCAACGGUUGGAUCGCAUUCCGGCAUCAUAUGUACUGUUAGCUUGCUAGAGACUAGUAGAUCAUACGAGGUAAAAUUACCAGACAGGAUAGAAGCUUCUGUUCUAGUUUUAGCUGAUUUUCACGGGAUUGUGGGAUGUUAUGAUGGACACGUUUACUGCAUCCAUUUGAAAACUGGCCAAGUGAUAUGGAAGUUUCAAACGCAGGAUAUAGUUAAAUGCACGGCUAUAAUGUGCGCGCAAGGGAGCAAAGUAUUUGUCGGCUCUUACGAUCGUCAUGUAUACUGUCUUUCGAUAGAGGAUGGCACUCGAAUAUGGAAAACCGAAGCAAGUAAAGGUGCAAUUUGUGCCACUGGUUGUUUACACUCGCAAUCAACUUCGGUCCUCUUUGGCACGUUAGACGGUUCUUGCCUGGCCUUGAGGCAGUCCUCCGGACAAGUUACAUGGAAGCAUAAAUUGCAGGAUCCGAUUUUUGUCGCACCCGUCGUUCUCCGGAGUGGACACGCUCUAUUUUGCUCCGUCGCUGGAGCGUUGUGCUGCUUUGAUAUCGAAACCGAUUGUGAGAUGUGGCGGCACGUGAUAGGCGGUAAUGUGUUUUCCUAUCCGGUGAUACAAACUCUCGGAUCCACGGACAAUGAACUCGUCACCUUGGCUAGCCACAACAAGAAUUUGUAUCUUUUAGAAAUGCCAGAAAAAAUAGUCGAGAAAAAUAAGCCGCGAUUGAAAUCUACAUUACGAUUCCAUUCGCCUAUUUUCGCGACUCCUUGGUGCGACGAUAGACACAUAUUUGUUACAUGUACGGAUGGCACGUUCCAAACGUUUAACGUAGAAGGCAAAUUGUUAGCGACCAAGCAAUUUCCCGGCGAAACGUUUUCCUCGCCGAUCGUCCAUGACGAUCUGAUCAUUCUGGGAUGCAGGGACAACAAUCUCUAUGUUUUGAAACUCAGUUAAAGGUCUGGUGUAAUCAAAAUUUUCGUCAAGUGCAACUACGUGGAUCUUUUAAUUUCUCGUUUCUUUGAAUUUAAACAGAACUGCAGACAGGACAGGAUUAAUACAAUAUCAUUUAUUCCAUUCUGCUCUCGUGUGUUACAAGUUGACGGAUAACAGCAAAAGCUAUCCAUCGUGGUUGUGACAAGUGCGUGUCCGUUGUACCCAUUUUUCACCAAAUCUUUUCGUACAUAAUCGUGCGAAAUUGCAUGUAACUCGCCAUAACCCAGAGAGAGAGAGUGCAAGCAAAGUAUGAAUCUAGGAAAAUGACGGUUACCCAUCGCCUCUUAGACAAUCGUGCAGACGUAUUUGCAUCAUUAAUCGGCAAUCGAUGUGCACACGUGAGUAUUCGCGUUUCCUCGUCCUCCUCGUCUUAUCAGGUAACGAUUAAUGAUAAUUUUACAUGAUACGCCCGCGCUUCUUAUGCAAAAGAAAUAAUACAGAUAUCUCAAGUUCACACGAAACAACAAUACUUCAACGAUUUCAUUUUCUCAUAUUUAUAUAUAUAUAUAUGUAUACAUAUCUUUCUAUAUAUAUAUCUAUAUACUAUAUAUAGACCUAUAUUA